GCAUUGCUUUUUCUAAGAUGGAUUUGUUGUUUUCUUCUUUCUGUGAACUAAGAUUAUGGUUGUCGUCACUAGCAAUUGUGGUGAUACUGUGAAAGAAGCUUUAUUGGUCACUUUGCCACGCAACCUGUUAUAAUAUUGCUGUGCGGAUACACCCUAUAACUGUACUUCGAGUAGAGUAAUUUUUUUACUGUGUCAACAAGUCCAUUUCCUUGUAAUAUCUGUAUUAAAGUUUAUUUCAUUGUCCAAUGAGGGAUAAUUGAUUUAUACAUGGUGCUAGACUUUAUUAUUUACGGCAGUAUCAGUAAGUUGAUCUGACUCUAUUUGUGUUUCUAAUUUAGGUGAGACUUAAGUUAAUAUUUUUUGUGAAUUGAUAGUGACUCUUUAUCUGAAGAUGCCCUUUAACACUUUGGUGCUUGGAUGAUGUUCAAAACCAUGGACAUAAAAGAAAUAUAGUUUUCCUACUAUGAAGCGGACCUUAUGUGUUUUUCAGUAGUGGAGUAAGGUUUGCAAUGCCAUCAUAUCAUAGACAUAGUUGGUUUUGCCUAAGUCGUGCAAUAUUUUUAUUUGUCCGUCGUAAAGGCUCAGCUUCCUCAUAACCUUGUAGUUUACAAAAGAGAAGACGGGUUAGUAGAAGUGUUAAACUCGGGACCCAACAAGUAAACAUUUCAACAAACAUUUGAUAGAAAAUGCAAAAUAUGAAGAUGAACUUCGUAAGCUCUGAAUGAUCAUAUAACAAAGGGUCUAAGACAGUCUGCCGUGCCCAAAAGUCCGCAUGAACAAGUGCCCAUAUGACACAAUGACGGAACCAAGGGACGAACCAACCCAAGACACUACCCCAGAGGCCCAUCUAGUCAUGUGCCACCUAGGUAGCCCCAAGGGGUUGAGAUAGCUACCAUUUUUGGCCACUAUCUACUCAUGGAAAACAUCUAAAAUGACUGGUUGGAGGCCUUGUUUUUGGGCAGUUUUACCUUUGCGCAACGACCACAAAUAUGCUGUGUUUACAAACCUGAAAAAGCCAUAAAAUCCAACCAAAAUGGAGCUGCUAAGCCUAUUAUCCCCUUGUAGACUGUUUAAUGCAUGAACAAAACCAAAGGGCAAGGACAUCCAUAGACAUUACAUUGAACACCUUCCCCUUAAACUGUCCGUGACAAUCCGGAAUGGUAUGUUACAAGCACUAUUUUCCAGUCUGACAGCUUACCAGUACACAGACCUGUGUAAACCGUGUGGUACAUCCGAUAUUGGACCUUUACCGGGCGGUACAAUCCCUGUAUCACCCAAUAUAGGAUCGUACUGCCUGGUGUAGAGCGGUAUAGGCUCUGAACCAAGUAGUUUCCUUUUUUAUUUUGUAAGCCUUUUUAGGCUUUUUUCAAGACUCGUCAAGUAACAGCCUCCUGACACUUGGUACGACAUUGGCAUGGACCGAUAUCGUGCUGGUCUGAGCUCUGAUGAGUACGAUACCAGUAUGCAAAACUGCAAACCUUGGUUGAGAGGUUAAUGAACUAUUUUGUGAAUAGAAAUUAAAUAGAAUAUAUCACAUAUGUUUUGUUCUACACAAUAUGUGUGCCCAAAUAAAUAUCAGGUCGAUUUGAUCUACUCGUGUUUGUAUUCAGGAUUUAAAAGCAUCUAUCUGUGCUAUCUUGUAAUUGUGUACUGAUUCUCAUUGAUCUGCAAAAUUCCUGAUAUUCAUGAUUUGCAUAUGACCUUUUUUUCCAUUGGGAGAUCCUUGAUGCUGAAUUGACACCCCUUACAGAGUGUCCUUAGCUGCUAUCUGGUCAGGAAAUUUUCAUCAAUUGUGGAGCAGUCUCGGAAGUAAUUCAACUAUCAAGUUUCUCAGGAUUCAAAAGCAUAUAUCUGUGCUAUCUUGUAAUUGUGUACUGAUGCUUGUUGAUCUGCAAAAUUCCAGAUGUUCAUGAUUUGCAAUAUGACCUUUUUUCCAUUGGGAGAUCCUUGAUGCCAAAUUGACACCCCUUACAGAGUGUCCUUAGCUGCUAUCUGGUCAGGAAAUUUUCAUCAAUUGUGGAGCAGUCUCAGAGGCAAUUCAACUAUCAAGUUUCAGAUGUUCAUGAUUUGCAUAUGACCUUUUUUCCAUUGGGAGAUCCUUGAUGCUGAAUUGACACCCCUUGCAGAAUGUCCUUAGCUUCUAUCUGGUCAGGAAAUUUUCAUCAAUUGUGGAGCAGUCUUGGAAGCAAUUCAACCAUCAAGUUUCUCAGGUUAAGUACUAAAUGUGUCCCUGACAAAUCAUUUGAUGCUAGGAGAUGCCCACUACGACAGUUGACAAAUGUAGUAGAAGAACUGAGACAGGAGCCACAGAGUUUUAUUGCAUCAUGUGGCUGCCAUGACUGGAGACUUGAGAAAGUGACAAUUGCGUCAACAACAAAUUUGAAUACCCAUCAGCAAGAAAUUCAUGAACUUAAAGCUGUUCAGUGUUACAAUAUCCAAGAAAGUACUCUCAAGAAAUCUGUUGACCGUCCUGCAACUAUCCUCGUUUUUUAUAUUGAAACCACUGGGUUCAGUCAUCAAAAUGAAAGGAUUAUUGAGUUUGCACUUCGUGAUCUUAUUGGUGGCAAGAACAGUACAUUCCAAACCCUUGUAAAUCCUGAAAAAGAUGUACUGAAUGCAUUUGUUCAUGGAAUUGACACAUCUAUGGUCAACAGGCGUGAUGUCCCAACAUUUAGGGAGUUGCUUCCUGUCCUACUUCAAUAUGUUCGGAGCCGCCAAGUGGCAGGAAGGCCGGUUUUGUGGGUUGCUCACAAUGGACGUAAGUUUGAUGUACCUUUCAUCAUCAAAGAAUUCCAGCGCUGUUUGGUGGAGAUUCCAGCAGAUUGGAUGUUUGUUGACACUCUUCCUCUUGCACGCCAAUUGAUGAAGCCAGAUGGAACAAAGCUUACUUCCUCCUCAUUAAAGGCACUACGUGAGCACUACCAAAUUCCUUUGGUUGGACCAGCACACAGAGCAAUGCAGGAUGUCACGACACUCUGCUACGUGCUCCAGAAAAUUACUUUCGAUCUAAAACUGUCUAUUCCUGAGCUCAUGGAUAGAGCUUUCCGGGCUUCGGACUUUGUGAAACUUCCUCUUGAGAAAUAAGAUGGAGGUGUCCAACUCAAAAGCAAAACUAAAAAACAUGCGUUAGUUAUUAACCUUAACUCUGGAAUCAUUGUUGUAUCUGUCACCAUUCAAUAGGUGGUUUCUGGUAAUUUUCCUCGUUACCAUUAUGGUAAUGAAUUUAUUUAUCAUUUCAUUUAGUAUACCUCCAUGAUUGAAUGAGAAUUCUAGUUGUCUUAAAUGCUAAAAAUAUUGUGAGAAUGUUAAUCCUAAAUUAUUUUUACUCGA